AUCCCAAAAGGUGUCUUUAAAUCUAAAUGCUCCACUGUCUACUUAAUCAGCAUCACCCAUAGCCAAGUUUUUCACCAUAUUCAAGUAGUUCAAGAAAGUCACUAAAUUCUUGAUAUCGAGAACGAGAACCCUAUCCCUCGAUUAGAUUCAGCAUUUUGCACGAAUGGAAUGAAUGAAUAUUUUUCCGGCACAAUCAUAGCUACCCUUUAGAAGAUUCGACUACGCCAAAACGCAACGCUCUUUUGUGGAACAAUCAACCAAAAUGGAAAGCACUCGGACAUGGGAACACCAGAUGCUGAUUAACGAACUCACUCAAGGAAUGGAGAAAGCUAAACAGCUUCGGUUUCACUUGUGCAUGACUUCCCCUUCCAAAGCCCAGGACUUGCUUCUGCAAAAGAUACUUUCUUCUUACGAGAAAGCUCUAUUGAUUCUUAAGUGGAGUAGAUCAACAGGACAAGUCCAAUUAGGUGCACCAACAUCCGGUGCACCAGAGUCCUCCAUAUCUGUCGAUGGAAGUCCACGAAGUGAUGAAUUGAACAAGAAUUCCAGGGAACAUCAAGAACACAGAGAAACAUCAAAGAAGAGAAAAAUGUUACCCACAUGGACAGAGCAAGUGAGUGUUGCCUCUGAAAAUGGACUUGAAGGACCUACUGAUGAUGGAUAUAGUUGGAGAAAAUAUGGACAGAAAGACAUUCUGGGAGCUAAAUAUCCCAGAAGCUAUUACAGAUGCACAUACCGUCACGUUCAAAAUUGUUGGGCAGCAAAGCAAGUGCAAAGAUCUGAUGAUGAUCCCACCAUUUUUGAGAUCACGUACAAAGGGACGCACACGUGCACCCAAUCGAACAAUGCAGAUCCACCCCCUGCAUCACCGGAAAAACAAGAAUUAAACCAUAAAUUACAGCAACAAAACCAGAUGCUUUUCGACUUGCGAGCAAAACUCAAAGUCGACACCGAGGGCCUAGAAAAUAAAGAGAUCCAGCCCCACUUGUCGUUUCCAUCAACAUUUGCCAGUGUCAACUUUGAGAAUCAUAUUUUUCCAACCUCCGCGGUUGCUGAUGACAGUCACUUGGGUGCCAAUUCUCAUUUGCUUGGAUCUCCAGCCCUGUCUGAAUCAAAUUACUUCUCGGCAUCAUCAACCUACCAGAUGAAGAGAUUUAGGGGUGCUCAUAAUUUGCAACAUUCAGAAUCAGAUAUUGCUGAAAUAAUUUCAGGCCAUGCUUCGACAACCAAUUCUCCGAUUGGAGGGAUGGAGUUUCCAAUUGAUCCUGUAGAACUAGAUCCAAAUUUUCCAUUCAACAUCCAAGGAUUUUUCACAUAAUUCAACUUUGAACAUUGCAAAUGCAGAUAAUAAAGAUGAACCGAUAAGAUUAUGCAACCAGAGUGAUUUAUCCUUGUUGCUUUACAAAUUCGGGGAGACAAUUCUUGUAGAAACUUAUGGAUGUCUCAAAAUAAAUAUUGCAGUCUAGUUUUCAUGUACAGAAGCUAUGCUUUUAGCCUCCUUAGAAUUCAAGCAUACCUAAAA